CCUCACACACACACACACUCUUCUCUGUUUCUGUUUAUAGAUCUCUCCCCUCUCUUCUUUAUUUCUUUCCAAGAACCAUCUUCUACUUCUCCACCUUUCGUUAUUAUUAUCUUUCCUCUCUCACCAAACCAUAUAAACAUAAAAAAUAAACCCCAAAGAACAAAAGAAAAGGUUUAAUUCUCUUUGUUCCGACAAUCUGAGCUUUUCAGGCAGAGAAGACAGAGAUUUUUUCACCGUAAAGGAAAGAGAAAAAAACUCUGUCUCUCUGUUCGUCCUUCCAUUUGAUUUCUUUACGCCAAAAGAAACUUCUUAAAAAAAAUUGUACCUUAUUGCGUGUUUCACAAGGAUCACAUAUAUUCUAGGGUUCUUGCUUCCUCCUCUGUUUCUUUCUGUCGUCGGAGUAAGAAGAAAUGGAGCUCGGCGAUUCCGCUAAGGUGAUCCCGGACUCGUUCAUGGGAUACAGAGACGACAUCACAAUGCAAAUGUCAAUGAUCUUGGAUCAGAUUCGAGCUCCAUUAAUUGUCCCAGUCCUCAGGCUCGGUGUUUACAUCUGUUUAACAAUGUCGGUGAUGCUAUUCGUGGAAAGGGUUUACAUGGGAAUAGUAAUCUCUCUUGUUAAACUCUUUGGUCGGAAGCCAGAGAAACGUUUUAAAUGGGAACCAAUGAAAGACGACAUCGAGCUUGGAAACACUGCUUAUCCUAUGGUUCUUGUCCAAAUCCCAAUGUACAACGAACGAGAGGUUUAUCAGCUAUCUAUUGGAGCUGCUUGUGGGCUCUCGUGGCCGUCUGAUAGAAUAGUUAUUCAAGUUCUUGAUGAUUCUACUGAUCCAGCGAUCAAAGAUCUAGUGGAGAAGGAGUGUAGCAGGUGGGCGAGAAAAGGAGUAAACAUAAAGUAUGAGAUCAGAGAUAACAGAAACGGGUACAAAGCUGGAGCUUUGAAAGAAGGUAUGAAGAAGAGUUAUGUCAAAAGCUGCGAUUACGUUGCAAUCUUCGACGCUGAUUUUCAGCCUGAACCGGACUAUCUCUGGAGAACCGUACCGUUUCUCCUACAUAACCCUAAGCUUGCUCUAGUUCAAGCUCGCUGGAAAUUCGUGAAUUCGGAUGAAUGUUUGAUGACAAGGAUGCAAGAAAUGUCUUUGGAUUAUCAUUUUACGGUCGAACAAGAAGUUGGUUCUUCUACUUACGCCUUCUUCGGUUUCAACGGAACUGCGGGAAUAUGGAGAAUAUCGGCAUUAAGCGAAGCUGGUGGUUGGAAAGAUAGAACGACCGUGGAAGAUAUGGAUUUGGCCGUUCGAGCUAGUCUCAAGGGUUGGAAAUUUUUGUACCUUGGCUCCUUGAAGGUUAAAAACGAGCUGCCAAGUACAUUCAAGGCGUAUAGGUAUCAACAGCACAGGUGGUCAUGUGGUCCAGCAAAUCUUUUCAGGAAAAUGGCAUUCGAAAUCAUGACCAACAAGAACGUGACUUUAUGGAAGAAAGUUCAUGUGAUAUAUAGCUUCUUCGUGGUUAGAAAGAUCGUGGCACACAUUGUUACAUUCAUCUUUUAUUGUGUGAUCUUACCGGCUACGGUUCUUGUACCGGAAGUAACCGUACCGAAAUGGGGAGCGGUUUACAUUCCUUCCAUCAUUACUCUGCUAAACGCCGUCGGCACACCAAGGUCAUUGCAUCUUAUGGUGUUUUGGAUUCUGUUCGAGAAUGUGAUGUCUCUUCACAGAACAAAAGCUACCUUCAUUGGUUUACUCGAAGGUGGUAGAGUUAACGAGUGGAUUGUUACUGAGAAACUGGGAGAUCUUAAGGCUAAAUCUGCAACCAAGACUCCAAAGAAGCUUCGUUUUAGAUUCGGAGAUAGAAUUCAUGUGUUGGAACUUGGCGUAGGAAUGUAUUUGUUCUUUGUGGGAUGCUAUGACGUGUUUUUGGGGAAGAAUCAUUAUUAUCUAUACCUUUUCGCGCAAGCAAUAGCGUUCUUCAUUGCGGGAUUAGGGCAAAUUGGGACGUUUGUGCCUAACUCUUGAAGUGAACAAGAAGUUUUCUCGAGAAUAAGAUGAUGAUUUACUCUCUCUUUUUUUUUUGCUUCUCUUUUUAAAAUUCUUGUUGGUGUGAAUAGAGAGAAUUGAUUAUGGUGUCGUGUGUGUAGUGGAAGAUAUGGAUACUUGUAGUAAAGAAGAUAAUGUAUUUUGAAGGGAUUUUUCAGAUUCCUCAAUGGCAAUAGAUUAUUGAUUUAUGGCAA